UCUUUUUUUCAGACUUAAGAGCAUGUGAGAUAUCAAAAUGGAUGAUUUAGAUCACAGCAUGCACAUUGCGGAAUAUGACUGGACGAGCUUCUAUGACGAGAGUGAGGAGUGCGGUCUGCUGCAACCAUCGCUCGCCUGCCCUGAUAACUUGAGCCUUAGUGAUUCAGAGGAUUCAGGAAACUCAUGUUCAGUCUUCAGUACAGGUCAACAGGAGCCGCGGCAGAGCUCUGCUGCAAACAGAGACGAAGCUGGAAGCAACGCUGCAGGAUGCCGCGUGGAAAAAGUGCAGAUGAAUCAGAGUGGUUCAAGAGGAGGGCGGGAUGAUCUUACCACCAAAGCUAGAGAAGAGGUUGAAACACGGGUUAGCUCGCACAUAUGCCUCGUUUAUCCUGGAGGAAAUACUAAAAACACAGGAGAGGUGCAUACCACAGAGGAGACAAAUGACAACAUUACAACAACACUGCUAACAAACGUUCAGUCUUCAGAUGGAGAGCUGAGAGAAGAAGGCGGGGAUCUGCAAACAGAGAGUGUCUCUUGCAAACUUAAAUCCAUACAGGAACCGGACCCACAAUCGUGCAACCAAACGGAACUAAGUGUGAAUGUGCCACACACUGCUACGCACGAGGACGUGAGCAGUGUCGCUGUCAGGGCAGAAAAAGAGCGCUGGUUCGUGACAGUGAAUAACAGUCCCGCGCGACAGAGGGUGCGUGGCCCCUCUGUGAAAAAAAAACGCAGACAAAAAAAAACUCGUAAGGACGAUCAGGUGUGCAGAACCCCUGGGCAGGAGAAAUCCCAUGAAUCUGGCUUAGAGUUAGAGAUAAACAACUACAAUAAGAAAUCUGUGGGAGGGAGGGACACAGAGUAUGUCACACAGUCAAACCAAAACUAUGUACAAAACUCAGGAGGGCAUCCAAGUGCUGAAGAAAAUCCUGAGAGCGUUCAGAUGGGAGUCAUUUCAGAUGUAUCACAAAUGUCUUUAACAACUGGCGACGACGACAAUUUGUCAGAAAAACUGGUAACUUGUCAUUUCCCAGAAGAGAGCAUAAUUGAGACAAACAAACAUGACCCCAGCAGCUCAGCAUCCACCGCGCAUCGCACAUUUAGACACGGAGAGCCCUCACGGUUGGACAGCGUGGAGUCUGAGGAGCUUGAGGACAGUGCUGAGUUCUUCUCCACUCACAGUUAUCAUUCUGAAAGCCACCUGUCAGCUGCCGAAUCAGUGGAGGAACAUCAGCAUCUUCUCGUGGAAAACCAACGUCUGCAAUACUCAUCGUCUCCGACAAAAAGCAGCGAUCUGUUCAACCUGACAGAGAAUACCAAGGAUUUAACAGCUACUAACUCUGAAGGCUAUGAAAGCGCUGAUGCUGAGCCUGCCCUGACAUUUCCAUCUGCUAGCCAAAGUGCUAACACGAUGCCAGAUGACAACUCCAUGUGUGAUAACUACACACACAGCACGGCGCCCUGUGUGCCCUUUGAUAGGCUUCAACCUGGACACCAAAAACACAACAUUUAUCUUUCAGCAUCUGGUUGCUCUUCAGCAGCUCAGCUUAGUCACCCCCCUGUUCCCAAUUUAACUGUAACGCCUUGCUCUGUGGCCGAGAGCCCUGAGGCAUAUGCCUCAGCUGCGGGCCACACUCGACCUGUGUAUGCCAUUUCUGCUUUUUGGGAUGAAAUGGAAAAACUGACCAUAAAUGAUAUUUUGCAGCUUAGGACUGGAAGGAGCACACCACCCAGGGAAACACUAGAAACAGCGACACCAAAUGUGGGAGAUUUCCCAACAAAUCGCAGCUCUCUGGUUGACACUGUGGAGUACAACUUGUCUGGUGGUUGUUCAAUGGACGCGUCCGACACUGUUGACUCUGACUAUUUCACGCAGACUGACGAAUCCAAGCCAGAUCGCUCAAGCUGCGAGUUUUCCACCUCCGAUUUUGAAGAAGAGUACUGGCAGUUUCUUGGUGCCAGCAGGAACCCCAGUCCUGACCCUCAGGGCAAAAGCCAACAACGGGCAAGCAACUCUACUUUCUUUGCACACCAGGAGGAGUCGUCUACAAUCUCUGACGGAAAGGAGACACCUGUGCCUUCAGAAGACUUUUCAGGUAGGUGUUUUGAGGAUCAGCACUCAGAUGCUGUCAUUUCAAGAGAAUUUGCACGACCGAGGCGGAUAGUAAAAACCAGAAGUGUGCACAACGUACAAGCUCUCAGCACAGAGGAUUCAUCUUUGCAGUUGUUACUUGGUAGUGACGAGUGCAGUCUAUUCCACAGCAGCUACCCAUCUCCGGAGGAAAAUGUGGCGUUCACAGCCAGUAACAGCCUGGGAAAAUUGAUCCCUGCACAUUUUCAAUCCAACUCAGACGCACUGGCGGAAUAUCAUCCCAUAUCCUUCCCUGAAGUGUUUGAAUACUUUUUUAAAGAGGAUAAAGCAAAGAGAGACUCUCGGUGUGUAACUGUCUAUGAUCCAGAGGACAUCUCCGUGGCUCCUGUGUUUGACUUCACUCUCCAUACAUUCAGGGAUGAAAUGUCAUCCUCUUGCUUCCGUGAUUCCCAGCGCAGUGAGGAGAAACCCAUCCCCAUUUUCUCUUAUUCUCGUUCCACCAUCAGAGAACUCACAUUCCCAAACCCGGACUAUGUUUUCUUGAGCGCAGACCACGAGGAGGUCUCUCCCAUCAGAGUUGCGUCUCGCUCUUUCAUCACCCAGGGCAGCGAUUGUGUUACAUCUGCUGCAGCCGCACAUGGAUUUCAAAGCUGGAAAGGUUUGGUUUCGAUGAGGAAGAUUUGUUUCCACGACAAAGGUAGCAUCUGGUGGGGGAGGUCCGGUACCUGGGUGUUUCCAGUUGAAACUGAGAAGAUCACCGUCAAGAGAGCACCAAUAACUGUGCUCACUGAGGGGAGAGUCUCUUCAGCUCCUUCUCAGCUGUUUUCUGAGCUGGCUGUGCAGCAGAGGAUCUGGGAAACUAUACACACAACUAGACGGGAGGGCAUCUUCUCAACACUGAAGCAAUCAGACAUGUGUUUGGUCUGCAUCGCUUUUGCCUCGUGGGUAUUAAGAUCUUCUGAUCCAGAGGCUGCUGAUGCCUGGAAAGCAGCUCUGCUAGCAAAUGUGAGUGCGCUGUCGGCUAUCCAGUACCUGCGGCAGUAUGUGAAGAAGAAGAAUCCCUCUCAAGAUGGUCCCUGAUGUGUACACACAAGCGAUGUCCAAGAGAUUUCCAAACAUUUUCACCUGGGUCCAUCCGAAAAUAUGCUCUGUAUAUAUACUAUAUAUUACAUAUGCACUGUCAGCCAGUGUAUGCAUUGGUUACAGUACAGCAUGUAAAGGAGUUAUCAAACUGAUGUUUUCAGUGCUUUUCACAUUUUUAGGUAAAGGAUAAGUCUGGGGCUGAAAACAGUUUCCAACAAAUGCACUAUUUCAAGAUUCCUGUUCAAGAUUCAGAGAUUUGUUCGUCACAUAUUUUCAGUGUGUGCAGUGAAAUGCGGGGGUGGCUAAUGUGCAAGAACAAUAGACAGAACAAAAGUAAUAAAUAAGGAUUAGAAAAACAAAAUGUCAAGGAUAACAUUUCAAAGAUAGAACAUAAUAAAAAUGUAAGCAUUGAGAAUUUUCAGUAUAAGAAAGAUAUUUCACAUGUGUAGGCAGACUACAUAAUUAAGAGUUCAUCAUCCUAAUGGUCUCAGUUAGGUUUGCUAAACACUACAGUGAAAAGUUUUUUUAAAUUACAGUAAAGAUGUUCAUCCUCAAAAGGCACAAAUUGGCUUGGGAAUGAGAGGAGAGUAAUAAGAGACGGACUAACACGUUGGUUUUGGUCUUUUCAUGGAAAAUAUAGCAUAUGGCCAGUCUUACCCUUUACGCAGAAAACAUUUAAGCUGCAUUUUUAACUUGUAAUUACUUUGGUUUUUCAGUUCUGGUAAACUGAUGUUGAUAAAUGGACCACUCUUUUAAGCACAGAAGCUCAUACCUUUUAACAUGCUGUUAUGUACUGUUGUGCCAAAAAAAA